AUGUUCUUCUUACCCUUGGCCUUGCUGCUUGUUCGGAUGCGUUUUUUCGCAUGUCUUGCCCCGGAAGAAAUUCCCGGGGCCGUUUCUGGUCACGUCCAUACAAUCUCCGGUGGCGCAGGUUUCAAAGCCUCUAUGACUUACGCAGACACCCAAGCUUCGAAGUGCUCAUCAUGCACAAUCAAGGAGGAUAUGUCUAACUACUGGACACCUCAACUUUAUGUCAAAUACAAAGAUGGAUCUGGCUUCGCUCCAGUUCCUGUCAUGGGCAACCCAAGCGACACCAACGGCGGCAUGACCGUUUACUAUCUCCAACGUCGUGGAGACAAUCAGACAGAGAAACUGCAUGCAUUUCCACAAGGCUUCCGCAUGGUCGCUGGUGACCCGUUCACCCGCACCUAUGAUGGUAGUCUUGCCGCUCAGGGCAUCUCAUUCAACUGUCUUGGUGCGAACAAACCUGAAACUAACGGUUUUCCUGAUAUUCCAUGUCCAGGCGGACUGCGAGCCCAGGUUUACUUUCCCCAGUGUUGGGAUGGAGUCAACCUCGAUUCUGUGGACCACAAGAGUCAUAUGAGCUACCCAGACGGCAACGUAUACAACGGUGGCAACUGUCCGUCUUCUCAUCCUGUCCACACGGUGUCGAUCUUCUUCGAGCUUCUCUAUGAUACGGCCCUGUUCAGCGAUCAAUGGGUUGAUGGACAGAAUCCAUUUGUCUUCGCCCAAGGAGAUGCAACUGGCUUCGGAUUCCACGGUGACUUCUUCAACGGCUGGGACGUCGACGUACUCCAGGAGGCGAUUGAUACCUGCACGGACGACUCAGGUCGGGUUGAGGAUUGCGCCGCGGUCACUAUGUUCACUGACCAAGAAUGCAAUGACUGCAAGCUACCAACAUCUGUCAGCGAGUCAACGAGUGGAAAGCUUGCCGCACUCCCUGGCUGCAACCCCGUCACCUAUGGUCUAGAGCGCGUCACAUCAGGAACCUGCUCUGGAACUUCACCAACACUUGGUUCCGGCGGCUCUACCAACUACAUCGACCUGACUGCGAUCCAGAAAUGGGAGUAUCUUGGAUGUGGCACGGACAACGUGAGCGAUAGAGCCAUGAAUGGUUCGUGGACGUACAAUGACUACAUGACGGUGGAGAUUUGCGUCGACUACUGCAAUAAUCGUGGCUUCGCCUACGCAGCGCCUGAAAAUGGCAACGAAUGUUUCUGCAACAACAACCUCAAUCCCAAGUACGCACCCAAGGAUGGUAUCAUGGGCUCCUGCUCCAAGCCUUAUGUGGGCAAUGCCAACGAGAUCUGCGGCAAUGCGAAUGCCAUGAACAUCUAUCACAAGUGCUCUGCCACGUCAUGCAAGAACAACGACAUUGGAGGAAUUGCGCCGGCGCAGAGUCAAGCGGUGGUUGCCAGAUCUAUCAGUCCUUCUGCCAUGACUACAGUUGUCAUACCGGCUAUCACUACAGCUAUUUAACUGGCGUAUAUGGGCAUGUAGACGCAACACUGACGGCAAAAGUCAUGCAAUUCCACCUGCAGCUUGGCGAGUGAUGGGCUAUCGACGGACAGUAGCUUUCUAUUAUUUUGAUCUGUAACAGCUUCGGCGUGUUUCCUUUGAUGGCUUUUUGGAAUUCUAUAGGCGUGCUUUGUCAUUGAAUGACAAUAGUAAAACAUUAGGUUGAGUUUCGCUGUUUUUCCGCGUUACGUGAUGAGAACAAUAAUCUGUGAGUCUUUCGAUGUUCUUUUAAUUGACAGAUUCGCUUGGGAUGCCCGAUGCUGGCGCGAGCGGAUGUAAGGUACCCGCCGGCUAGCUUGAAAUGGCCCACGUGGUUUUGCUCUGAACUGAAUAGCAUUAACGCACUGGGCUAGGUCGAAGACAUAAGUGGCUACACAGUCCGGCCUGCGUAACUCAAAUCACAUAGCAAUCACAGCUCGAAAGAUUCGGAGUACAGAGUCAGG